AUGUGGGCCGCAAAGAUGAGGAAGCUGGCAAACGAUGAAAGCUUGAGCGAGGAGACGUGGAGCCUCCUUGUCCAGAACGCCGAAGAGAAGAUUGAUUUUGUAGAAGCUAGGCUGCAAAAGGUGCGCAAGAGCCAGAUUCUUGAAAUUCAACGGGCUGAGAAAUGGCUGCGGGACUUUGCAUCGACGACUCUCCAACUGCUACAUGGAGAAGAGGACUUUGAGGAUGGCGAUUCUUGUGAUACAUAUGACGAAGACGAGUCCAUGACGGGACUGGAAGGAGAGCAGCCCGGAGUCUCUCACCAGGUUGAUUUCCCCAUGCAAGAUGCCGAGCCCGAACAAGACGGUCAGGAACAGGAACAAGAGCAGCACGACAGCGUGAUGGGAGAUCAACUGGAAAUAUCCCCAGAGCCAAGCCACAACAAAUACAGGGCAGACAAGCUGGCUCAACUUGAGAACCUGCUCCUGGCUAAAAAGCACGACUUGAUCAUCGUUCGAGAUGCAUCUCGGACCGCCCAGGGCCAGCUGGACGGGAAGUUGCAGCAGGCAGAUGCGGCUCCUAAUGAUGACUUGCGGCCUUGCAGCUCGGUUCCUGCCUCCAGCCUUGCCACAAUGCCAGCUGACCAAACGCAAACGCUCGCCCAACAGCGUAGUGCUUCACCAGCUGUCCCUGUUUUUAGAGGGGCAUUUUUGUUUGGGAGGCGUGCCUGA